AUGGCAUUAACAGAUAACACAAACAAAUUGAUACUACCAUCUUCCCAAAACGCCAAUUUAAGCAUUACGAGGGCAACCUUCACACCAAUUUCCACACAAAGUAUUUCUCACGCGGCAACAACCACUUCUGUCACACCGUAA